AUGUCUAAUACGACACCAUGGCAGUAUACAAGUACGGGGUCUCCGCAGACUCCAAGUGCAGUGAGUGCGAAUUUAUUUGGAAAUAGUAUGAGUCUAAGUUCAACAAGCAGUACAAGCAGUUCAAGCGUUGGGAAUAAUAACAAGAGUAGUAUGUCAUCUGGCCAGAAUAUUGGCAUGCUGGGACCGGCUCCUGGUAUGCUGAAUAUGAAUAUGAACAUACCUAUGGGUGUUGAUUCUACGUCCAGGCUGGGAUCUGGAGCAGGAACUGGAGUCGGAUCUUUGAUGUACAGUUUACCUCAGGAAUCGCUUCUCAGUAAGAAUAUGAGCAAAUCGUUCGAGGACGAUUUAUUCUUUUGUCCAAGGUCAUUAUUAUCUAAGGAAGAGCUUUCGCAGUGCUCGCAGAUAGAUUUGUUGUACAACCAACACCAGCAACAAAUACAUCAGAACCAUCAUCAACAACUGCCCCUACCAGUUCCUUUACAGCAACAACAGAACCACCAGCAACAGCAACAGAGACCACGUUUCAAUCCAUAUACUUCCCAAAGCUUCAACCCUGGUGCAGUUUGA